AGUUCCCCGCCUUUUGAGUAAGCAGCGGAGUCCUCAGGACGUCUCCUUCACAAUAAUACCGCUGACGGUUUUUAAUUUGAUGUUGUUUAACUAAAUUUUGAGAUACUUUUCCUGAACAUGUAGUAAACUAACGCUUCACUACUACUCGCUUUAUAUCAACCAACAGGCAGACAUGUUAUUACCGUCCGACGUCGCCCGGCUUGUUUUGGGCUACCUCCAAGAAGAGGGACUGUCCUCCACAAGCCAAGCUUUCAUCCAUGAGAGCCCAAACCUGAAAGAGUAUGCCGACCACACCACAGAAGAUGGGACUAUUCCUGCUUGUGUGUUUUCUGUCUUUGGAAAAGGCCUAACAACAAUCUUAAAUGAGUAUGUGGCUGCCAAAACAAAGGAGUCUUGUCCCGAGGUACCUGCCAUGAUGACUUCAUUGUGGAAGAAGCUGGAUUUUACACUGAACCAGAUCAGGUCAUUGCAGAACUCCCCCGCUAUAUCAGCAUCUCAAAGAACACGUUCACGCAUAGGAUUGGCAAACAUGGCGAGGCAGCGGGUCUUGACCGUGGCUUCAGCUGGUGGUGUCGUCUGCUCAUCAGUUUCUGAAACAAGCUCCAUCCUCAGCCCAGCGCACACUUCCCACAGCAUGCUCGGCCACUCCACCCCCAUGAGCUACACUGCCCCACACAGCCAACCGCAGACCCAAGAUGUCAGCCGAUUACUAGCUACGCCCAGAGAUUCACCUGUACAGAUAAUUGUUUCUGAACAUCGGCUAAAUCCAGGCCCAUUGUCGCCUGGACGUCGGAAAUGGGACACCCCCAGGAAGAGAGGUGGUGCUACGAGUGGAUCCAGUGGCCCGGGCAGAUGUGCCAUCACAGCCAGCAGCUUCAGUGCAGAAACCCAACCUGAAGAGGCUGUCGAUGGGAACUUUCCUCAACUUGUGAUACAAAAUGCCCGUGACAAGAUAUUAGGGGACAGAUCAUUACAAGAGAAGCUUGCUGAAAACAUCAACAAAAUCCUUGCCAGUGAUCCAAUGCCCCAAACAACAAAGGCCUCUUCAAGUACAAUGGAGGAAGACCAGUCUAUAGAUGAAAUCUUAGGAUUACAGGGGGAAAUCCAUAUGAGUGACGAUGCCAUCCAUGACAUUUUGGAGCAAACAGAGUCUGACCCAGCUUUUCAGGCCCUCUAUGACCUCUUUGAUUACAAUAAAACCAGAUUCACUGAUGGAGAACCAGGGGAUGGAGAUAUUAGCAGUAGUCCAGAAGAGAGUGACACUGCUGGACCUUCAUCUGCAGUCAAACCCUUUCAGAGUGGCAGUCUAGGCACUCAACACACAGAUGCUUCGGAUACAACACCAUUGACAGUGAAGAUGAAAGCUGGACAGGAGCGCAAGACCAGAAAGUCUACUGCUCCCACUGUGUUAAAGAAAACUGGCCCCAGUGGCAAAGCAUCCAGAAUUGAAAACAGUUCAGCCAGAAUGUUAGUGAGUCAUGGGGAGCAUAGGGAUGUCUCAUCUGCUGCAGUGGACUCAAACAGAAAAGCAAAAGAGUCGCUUUCUAAUAACAGUGUUUUUGUGACACCAAUGGAUGUUGAUGAACCAUUGAAUACACCUCCCCCUCCUUCGGACAGUAUUGCCACUCAGGAGCUUGUUACAAAGGACAGCACCUCGACCACAGCUGCCCUCAGUGAAUCAACCACAGUUUCCUCAUCAGGAGCCCCUGCUGCAAUCGCUGCCCCGGAACAAGCAUCGGCCUAUAAUGUGGACCAAAUACAGGAGCAUGAACAAGCACAAGGAUCUAGAGAGCAACCUGCUACAGCCCCUUCUCCAUCUUUGAGUAAUCAACUUGCUUUUUUGUCCCCUUUACAAGUCGAAUUGAACAACACUCCAGCGUCGAAUGCUGACCUACCUCAUAUACUGAUUUCAAGCAGUGGAGACACUCAACCAGUGUGUACUCUCUCAGUGUCACCUGAAGCUGCCUCUUCCACAUCUGCUUCCACUGCUGCACCAUUCACAGCAAUAUCUGGCUCACCCACAUCUGCUUCUACCUCUGCAACGCUUACAGCUACACCUGCCUCAUCCACUCCAGCUUCGCCCGCUUCCUCCUCCUCUUGUGUGCCAGGACUUGAAGCACCUGACCCUCCAUCCACCAAACACGCUGCCCCAAGCAAGGCUGAAGCUGAUUCCAAUAUUGUUUCUUUGAAGAUCAUCAUCAGCGAUAACCAGGAUGACAAUUCUUCCAGCGACACAGCCUCGAAUCAGGCAAUUUCUAGCAUUUCUGGAAACAAGAUACCUACCAUCUAUCUUUCCUCUCCAGCUAAGUCCCUUGGAAGCUCUGGCACACCGAAGGCCAACUUGGAUGAGGUGGCACAGGCAGUUAGUGGCCUACAAAGCUCUGAGGCACACACUAGUCCUUGCAGUAAGGCUGUAGUCGCUUCCCCGUUCAUAGGGACAUCACAGCCCCAGCAAAACUACAUAAUUCAACUACCCCUGGACACCACUAACCCUGCCCUCCAAGGAGCCACUGCAAGCUAUUUCAUUGUGACUGAACCCCCAACUGCAGAUGCUCAAACCAGGCAGCUGCUACUGCCUGCUGGUGUCUCAAAGGGACCUUUGCCCCCCAACCAGUAUGGGAUGACCACACCAACUCGUUCUCAAGGCUUCUCCACUGGGCCAGCACUCAUCUUACCAUCGCCUGUUAAGCCCCUGAUGCUUCCUGUUUCUGUUAUGAGCCAAAAUACUCUGGGGAAUGUUCAGAUGGUGUCCAAUCAGCUUGUUGCCAUACCAAACCCAGUUCCAGUCCAGAAGUCAGAAGCUGUCAAGCCCAGAUCUUCCACAGUGGCAAUCAAACGAUCUACAACUGCUGGCACUGAGCAACAUCUGUUUGGUAAGUUGGUUCAGCCUUUGUCAGCUGAAAACACAAGCCAGCAGGAUGCAGCAAAGGUUCCUAGACAUAGGAGAAUUUUAUGUUUUGACUCUUCUGCAGAAGUGAAACAACAAACUGCUAAAACAACCAGAACCGCGAAACCUCCGGCUACAAAUACAUCUACAUCACAAUCUGUCCAGCAGACGGAGAAAGAUAAUACGCAGUCGGUCACUCGAACAAAGCCUACUAUCUUGGGUGGCAACAAGCCCAAGAGGAGGGUGCAGCCUAUCAGAUGCUCAGCAGAUCCCCAGACGGGAGGAGGCUUUGUGAAGGAGGCAGAGAAAUCCACGUCUCCACAACAGCACCAGAAAGAACCUGUUAAAAAGGACUCUCGCAAACAAGAUCAUAACAUCCAUAACCAAGAGUGUCAAAGUGCAAGUACCAGCAGGGUUGAUGCCUCGAAGCCUGAGACUUUGAAAAAGCCAGAAUCAGUAAGGAGAUCAAGAUCUAUUGACAGGAAACAGAGUCAUGAUAAGGAGGGCGAGGGAGCAAAAGCUAAGGAUUCACAUGGUCCUAGGUCAUUAUCUUCUGAUUCUACACUGAAUUCAGUAAGUAGAAAUGAGAAAGAGGAAAGUAGCAGGAAAGAACUUGCAGAAAAAGCUCCUGCCAAAUCACGCGAGGGGCGUACAGAAAAGAGGACUCCUUCUCAGGAGGUGCCAAAUGUGACGGCUAACAAGGAGAAUGAAAUGAAGGGUAGCACGCAAGAGCAACAACAGCAGUCAACAUCUUCAUCUUCCACAACAAGAGACUUUAGCCCUCCAGCUGUCACCCAGCCUACAUCUAAUCCUCAUUCCAAGGCUACAAAAGCCCCCUCAAAGACCAGUUCUCUUGCCAAACAGGCAGCUGAGAUGCUGCACGACAUACAGGGGCUCAACUCUGCUUCCACCCCAGUCAAGAGGCCUAGAGCGUGUAGUACAGACCUUAGUCUUCCCCGAACCCCUGGGACUGGCCGUAACCAGGAGGAGUUGGCUGAGUGUCCCAAGACCCCUUCCCGACAGAAGAAGGGUAAAGAUGGAGAGGGGACUCCCAAGCAUCUGCUGCCUCCCACCACUCCGGAUGUCCCCACCUGCAGCCCGGCCAGUGAGGCUGGCAGCGAAAACAGCAUCAACAUGGCUGCUCACACACUCAUGAUUCUUUCACGUGCUGCCAUCGCCAGGACAGGCACUCCACUGAAAGACAGUUUGCGUCAGGAGGGAGUUGGAGAAAAGUCGCCCACAAGCUCAAAGAACUCUAAGAAACGUAAACAGUCUUCGCCCACAACCAGCCCGCCAGCAAAGAAAGACAGAGAAAGGAAGAAACUUGUUGAUUGCUUCCCCCAUGACUUGGAUGUGGAUAAGUUCCUGUCUUCACUUCACUAUGAUGAGUGAAACGGAACCACCAAACGGAAAGGAUUAAUAACGCUACCUGCUUCGGUUACUAUCCAGGAAUAGAACAAGCCAUCUACUGAACCAGUGCCUAUGGUCCCUGUUAAUAACCUUGCCUGUGACCUUAUAAGCUGUCUCCUUCAGCCAAUGAUGGACUUUGAUUUGGUUGACUAGUUUCAGCAGCAGUAGGGUAACCAAGGCACUUUGUUUUUUUCGUUCUCAUGCUCACUUCUCUUUUAAUCAUUGUUUUGUAUUGCAACAAAACAAACAGGUUUUGUGAAAAUAUAUGACUCAAAGCAUUUCCAUGGUCAAUAUUUGACUCCAGCUGCGACUGACUGACAGGUUGGUGUGUAAUAUACAUUUUGGAAUACGUCUUUAACAGUAAUUUUACUAACACUGAAUGAAGAGCUCUCGUUUAUUUUAGUUUUUCAUGCUCAGAAAAGUCUGGUUAUUGAAAAAUAAACUAAUGUGAAGAUUAUAUUGUGUGGCAUACACGUGUAUAGAUUAUGUUUUGUUGUUGAAUCAGUGAGCAUGAAAAGGCUGUAACUGUUCAAAUGUGCACACUCAGGCUUCAUUCAAUGUUGUAAUAAAACAAAGAAACAGU